AUGUCUUCAAGAAAUUUAAAACAAGAAACACUAGACAUCCUCACAGAAUUCCUUGAAAUAGCAAUAAACAACAUCCUGUACAUAAGAAAACUGUAUCCAUUAUCUAUAUUUCUUCCAAAAAAGAAGUAUUGUGUCACUGUUUACCAAGUGGUUCAUCCCGAGGUGUCUCAGUACAUUAAGGACACCCUUAGGGCGGUGAGAUUUCAUUUGCAAAAAAACCAACUUAAAAAGGUGUUUGUCUGCUUUGAGGACCAGGAAACCAUUGUGGACAGAUUUGUUAUUGAUGUGUUGGUCGUACAAGAUUUAGUCGACAGUGAUCCAUUCUUGGUGAACCUUGAACAAUCUUUAAGAACCAUACUAUUGAAGCUCCAUGCCAUUCCGUUUUACUUGGACGAUACAUUCUCUGAUGAGGCCAGUUUUAGUAUCAGAAUAGAAACUAGCAUGUUAUCUACUGUGGAAUUUAAUUCUAUGCCAGCAUAUGAGGAUUUUCCGUGGAUCGAGCAAGAAACUGAGCAAGAUAUCGUUGAAAGUGAGACCUCGAUCGUUCCAAUACACAUGCUAGACUCCGAUAGUUUAAAGCUGCAAUUUUACGUGGAAAAGAAGCAAAACUAA